CAGCUAUAGUAUAGACGACUGUCUCUCCCUUCCUCUUUCUCGCUUCCUCUUCGUUACCAUGAAAUGCUUUUGGUCAUCCAGAAAUGCAUAUGCAUAUAUGUUAUAUAAUAUAUAUAUACACACACCGGUGCAUACAUUUAUAUGCAUAAAUGCUAUGUGUUUUAGGAAUGUGUGAGAGUGCGCAUUUAUUCAUAUAUAGUGACGUGGGUGCAGUGGUAUCCCAUAUAGCGACUUAGUCACUAAUGAAGAUCACCGUCACAGUUCCUUCCUCGAACAAAGCAAUGGAAAUCGGUCUUCUGGGACACACAGGCUUCCCCUUUCAGAGCACGUACGAGUGUGGUCGAGCGGUAACGUGUCCCGCGGGACAGCCGCUGGGAUGGCCCAACGCGAUUUUCAACUUGACGUAGCCCUCUCUCGCAAGAUUUUUAUGCACGGGAAUUUUUAGCCAUAUCCAAUAGAAACCCGAUGAUGUCAUCUCCUCGAGAUCUGAUUGGAGCAUUUCAAGCGGACAAAAUUUGCUCAGUGCUGCAACCUGUGAAAGAGAUGAAGAUGCAUGUUUUGAAUGCAGAAUGAACUCUAUAUGAGUUCAAUGAUCUAAGCUCAUUCAAGCUCGUUGCCAAAAAUUAAAGGUGUCGACAGCGCGAAAGUGUGUCCAUACUUGUUAUAUUUCUACGCUGCUAUGUCUAAGAAGCACGACAAGGUGGACAACGGCAUCGUCGCCGUGAAGAGCAAAUUCGACGCCGACAUCAUCAGAUUUUCCAUCAAUCGUAACGAGCCUGUGAGUUACGAGGAAUUUGGCACUUUGGCGCAACGGCAUGAUUUAGGGGCAGAUUUUAACUUUUUAAUUUGGUAUACGGAUACAGAUGGUGAUCUACUUCCCAUCAAUAAUGAUAACAAUCUGGCUAGAGCUCUAUUGGCCACCAGGUGUCUGCUCCGAAUUUUUAUACAGAGAAAAGGUGACGGAGCAUGGGACAAUGGAUAUGGGACAAUAAAACCCAAAAAUCUGAUAUCCAGUAUCCUGGGUGGUACGCCAGGAAAGCCAAAAUCUAUUGCUAUUUCAAAUCCACAUGAUUUUAGGCAGGUGUCCGCAAUUAUUGAUGUCGACAUACUGCCAGAAACUUGUCGACGUGUACGUCUUUUGAAACAUGGUUCUGAUAAGCCUCUAGGAUUUUACAUUAAAGAUGGUGAAAGCUUUCGCAUAUUGCCAUCGUCAGCUGGAGGGGGAAUUGAGAAAGUUCCAGGUGUGUUUAUCAGCAGAUUGGUACCAGGUGGUUUAGCAGAGAGCACAGGACUUCUAGCUGUAAAUGAUGAGGUCCUGGAAGUGAAUGGAAUAGAGGUUGCAGGAAAAACACUUGAUCAGGUGACGGAUAUGAUGAUAGCGAAUUCUUCCAAUCUCAUUAUAACUGUCAAACCGGCAAAUCAGAGGGCAGCGUUGGCUGCACCUCGCCGCGGUUCGUUCUCACGUAAUAGUCAAUUGUCUUCGGGAAGUCAUCAGUCCACGCAAAGCGCUGGUAGCGAUGAGGAGGCGGAUGAGAUUGUCGAUCUUACAGGUUUGACAAUGCAGGACGACGCCUCGGCGUCGUCUGCUCAACACCAUCACUAUCACCAUCAUCACCAUCAUCAAAAUUACAGUCACGAUCAGGGUGUUUUACAUCUCUAGAUUGAUAAUGAUUAAUUUCAAGGAUUACCUUGGAUAACGGAUGGUCGCGCAUAACGAAAGCUGAGUCACAAUUUUGAUCUAUAGCAAAAUUUACAUAUCCUAAAUUAAAAAUUUUUAUGAAUUAUAAUCUAGGAUAUAUACAUAUAUUUAUAUAUACGUGUCCCAAAGCAUCCUUUACAACGCUUGUGAGUAGGUAGAGCAUAGAAAACUGAACAGAAAAGUCUUAUACUAUUUUACGAAAUUCAC